AUGAUGAUAAUACAUUCCUUAACCCAUAAUUUCAUAAACCGAAGACCAUACACCAAGUAUAUACGAACCCAAAGACACAAAACGAGAUACAGCAAAACCGGUCGAAGAUCUACCACUCAAAGAACCCCACUCAUUCAACAGAUUGAGAAAAAGCAAAGCACCAACGAUGGGCCUAUGGCGCAAUUGGUAGCGCGUACGACUCCAGAUCGUAAGGUUGUCCGAUCGAGCCGGGCUGGGCUCAUUAUCUUUUUUGCUUUUUUUUUAACCCUCAUUGCCCCACAUACUCAGCCGAGUAGCUGGUGGUGGGGUUCAGAUGGAUAUGUUUGUAUGCUUUGA